UGUCCAUUAUGCAGAUAGAGCUUGGACAUUAUUUCAGUUUUGCAUUAGCAGUUCGUCACAUUGGAUAGAACCGGACAAAUAUCUAACAAUAAAGUAACGCAGACAAUUUCGAAACCUGCAGCUGAGUGCUUCCAUCGUAUUAAUAAUGGACCAACGAAAAACUAAAGAUUUACAAGAAGUCGAUAUCGAAAUCUUGUUUUGGAGUCCUGCAGGGGAAAAAGAUACUGGACAUGUUGCGUUGCAUGUAGUGAAGCCUGAGUUGUAUAUCAGCUUUUGGCCAAGCGUUGAUAAUCCAGGGGUGGAUAGUGUUCCAUCCAAGGCCAUGUCUUAUGCAGAUGACCUACAUGAAACAGGUAUGGGUAGAGAGCCAAGUUCCGUGUACAAAGCAAGAAUUGGUUUAGACAUGAAAGCUGUACGCGAAUUCUGGGAAUUACAGCAGAAAAAAGACUACUUUGUCGCCGAAAAUAAUUGCAGCACUGCUGUGAUAGAAGCUUUGAGAGCUGGAAAUGAUGCCUUUAAAGUUAAUCCGUAUGGGCCCGAUUUGAAUAUUGCAGCUGACUUUUUUGUAGGACCGUAUACGCGAGAAGUUGUGGAAAUUUAUGAAAAGUUAGAAUUGUUUCUACAGGAAGCUGUAGCGAAUGGUAGUAACAAGAACUGAUCAAUCACCCACAGCUAAGAAUAGUUUGAUGCCAUUUUUUGUUCAUUAAAUUUGAUUCGAACAUUUU